GUCCCGAUUACGAGUGUAAAAUUGAACUAAACUCGGCUUUCGGUAAACAGUGGGCACGCCGGUGUUAGUUGUCUCAUCAGAGAUCCCGAUCUCCCUGGAGCCAACGGAAACCUAAAAAAUUUGCUUUGAAAAUCGCACAAUUCCAUUUUAUCACAUCCACUGAUCUGCAUCCAAGAUUCGAUGGGGCUUCUCAGCAUCAUUCGAAAGAUCAAGCGAAAAGAGAAGGAAAUGCGAAUCCUCAUGGUAGGACUUGAUAACUCAGGGAAGACGACAAUUGUGCUGAAAAUCAACGGAGAGGACACCAGCGUUAUCAGUCCCACUCUUGGAUUCAACAUCAAGACCAUCGCUUACAACAAGUAUACCCUUAAUAUAUGGGAUGUUGGGGGCCAAAGGACAAUCAGGUCUUACUGGAGGAACUACUUUGAGCAAACUGAUGGCUUGGUAUGGGUUGUUGAUAGUUCUGAUCUGAGAAGACUAGAUGACUGCAAAUUCGAACUUCACAAUCUUUUGAAGGAAGAGAGGCUAUCAGGAGCGUCAUUACUGAUUUUUGCAAAUAAACAAGACAUACAGGGGGCUCUUUCACCAGAUGAAAUAACUAAGGUGCUCAACCUGGAAGCCUUGGACAAAACCCGGCACUGGAAAAUUAUUGGCUGUAGUGCAUACACCGGGGAGGGCCUGCUUGAGGGGUUUGAUUGGUUGGUUCAAGACAUUGCCUCUCGAAUCUAUGUGCUUGAUUAAUUCAUGCUGAAAUCUCAAUCGUUGUCCUUGUAAAAGACAAUUUUGAAAUGCAUUCGUGACAGCUAAAUUUAAUUUGCAGUCCAAUUUAUUAAUGCCCCGUAUAUACUUACUGUGGGCACAAAAUGUUGUGAAAACAGUAUUGUAAUUGCCAAUGGUGUGAUGGCUCUGGACAAGAAGGCAUUUGAUUUUGGUCGAAGAAAAGCUUAGUUCAUUAUAUAUGCUUGCUAUUUUAUAUAACUCAGCAAACACCAGGAAGUGCGGUAGAAUGCUUUUGAGAUAUUGCCUUGCUUCUCCAUGAAA